AUGGGUCAAGGUUACUCCCUUACAACCCUCUCGGCGGGUUCGGCUGGGAUCGAUGUUCCAGAGCUGUCCGAUCUGAUGUAUGAGAAGUCGAUGGGCGGCGGUAGAUUCAUGAAGAGCAUCCGCGCAAGGCGACAAAAUGGUCUCGUCUUCGUGAAGGUGAUUAUGAAGCCUUAUCCUAGCAUGAAGCUGGAGCCAUAUGUCAAAGCCAUACUUAGGGAGCGCAAGUUGCUUUCUGAAGUACCCAACGCUUUAAGCCAUCAGAGGGUGUUGGAGACCAGCACGGGCGGCUACCUCGUUCGCCAGUACAUCCACAGUUCCCUUUACGACCGCAUGAGCACCCGCCCUUUCCCCGAAGAUAUUGAAAAGAAGUGGAUUGCUUUCCAGCUAUUGUGUGCUUUGCGCGAUUGUCACUCGCUGGAUGUGUUCCACGGGGACAUUAAGACGGAGAAUGUCUUGGUCACUUCCUGGAAUUGGCUGUAUCUCUCGGAUUUCUCUUCAUCUUUCAAACCAACAUUUCUUCCGGAAGACAAUCCGGCCGACUUCUAUUUCUACUUCGAUACGUCCGGGCGACGAACCUGCUAUCUGGCUCCAGAACGAUUCCUGGAAGCCGGUGAAGAGCCGGGGAACCGGAAUGUCAACUGGGCCAUGGACAUUUUCAGCGCUGGCUGUGUGAUCGCGGAGUUGUUCUUAGAGGCCCCGAUCUUCACGUUGAGUCAGAUCUACAAUUAUCGGAAAGGCGAGUACAGCCCAGAGCACAGCCAGUUAAUGAAGGUGGAAGACCCGGAAAUACGGGACAUGAUUCUCCACAUGAUCCAACUCGAGCCGGAAUCGAGAUACUCGGCGGAGGAGUAUCUGAAUUUCUGGAAGGCGAAGGCGUUCCCGGAGUAUUUCUACAGCUUCCUUCACCAAUACAUGUCGCUCAUGACCGACCCCUCUUCAGGGAGAGCCCAGGUUGAAGCCGAGUCGGCCAACAGGGGCGAGGCCGAUGAUAGAAUCGAGCGGGUCUUUUACGAUUUUGACAAGAUAUCCUAUUUCCUCGGCUCUUCUCCCAAGGCCGCCAGCAACAAUUUUGGCCAAUCCACCGCCAGACUCACCGGCACCACCUUUCCUGUCCACCUUGACCUGCCUAAUUAUAGGCACCAGGCAUCGACAUCCCAGGCGCCAGCAGAAGAUGGCGUGUUGAUUUUUCUGACGCUUGUCGUGUCGAAUCUGCGCAACACGUCCAAGGCAUCGGCUCGGAUCAAAGCCUGUGACAUUCUUCUCGCCUUCGCUGAGAGAUUGUCGGACGAAGCCAAGCUGGACCGCAUACUCCCUUACAUAAUGAUUCUUCUUAACGAUCGCACGGACUCGGUGAAAGUCGCCUCCAUCCGCACUCUGGCACAGCUACUGGAAAUGGUCCAAGUAGUCUCUCCGGUUAACGCUUACCUUUUCUCCGAAUACAUCUUCCCCAGGCUUCAACCAUUCGUCCCAAGCGCGAAUUCGAACCCCAGCUCUCUGGUCCGCGCCGCUUACGCAUCGUGUAUUGCGUCCCUCGCGCAGUCGUCACUCCGGUUUUUGGAUAUGAUUCAAGCAUUGCGCUCCGACACCCGCCUGCCGGAUCUGAUUCCAGCGGGUUCUGAACCCAGAUGGACGGAGGAUGCCACAUAUCACAAUCUCUACGACGUUGCGCGAGUCGACCUUCUGGACUAUUUCGAAGCGCACACGAAAGCUCUCUUGACCGACAGUGAUCCCUCUGUUCGUCGAGCAUUUCUCGGAUCGGUCUCCAGUUUAUGUGUGUUCUUUGGGAACGCCAAGACGAAUGAAGUGAUUUUGAGCCAUCUGAACACAUACUUGAACGAUCGCGACUGGAUUUUGAAAUGCGCCUUCUUUGAGGCCGUAGUAGGUGUGGCAGCUUACGUGGGGAGCACAAGUUUGGAACAAUACAUUCUACCCUUGAUGGUUCAAUCCAUGGCCGACCCCGAGGAGUUCGUUGUGGAAAGGGUGAUUCGAUCAUUGGCUGCGAUGGCUGACCUCGGUCUUUUCCAACGGUCUACCAUUUGGGAUUUGCUUCACACCACCGUCCGGUAUUUGAUUCAUCCUAAUAUUUGGGUCCGGGACGCAGCGGCGUUACUGGUCACCAAUUCGACCAAGUAUCUAUCUCUUCCCGACAAGAUCUGUGUUCUGACGCCACUUGUACGGCCUUAUAUCAAGGUGAACUCAUGGAAUUUUUCCAAGACUGAGCUGCUCGACGUGCUCAAAAGACCACUUACACGGGGCGUGUAUGACCUGGCCUUGGUCUGGGCAACAAAAGCGGAUAAGGGAUUGUUCUGGAAGUCAGCGGCUUCCGAUGGCAUGUUCACUCUAAACGCAUCCGAUGGCUUGCCCUCCCGUAGCGGACAGAAGCUUUCGGGCCUUUCAUUGAGUGCGCAACCUAGGAAUGAUGAGGAUGAGCAGUGGAUAUCUCGGCUUCGAAAUAUGGGGAUGAGCACAGAAGACGAGUUCAAGUUUGUCGCUCUCAGAGAGUAUAUCAGGAAGGUAUCACGGCAUCACACAAAGCAUGCUGAUGGUGCAAUAUCUCCCCUGAGCAAUGUCGUCGCUUUGACACAGCUUGGGGUUACUCCACAGACAGUUUUCUUUGACAAGACCCAAAAUAUCAGGCCACGCAGAGAUGAUCACGCCAUGACCAGAAACGAGUCGAGUAGGCCCGAUGAGCGUAGGCAUACCAUUACGGAUGCCCUCCUUGACGCUUCAACCACCAUAGACAGGGCACCAAACAAUCGUCGGAAACACUUGCGGACGAGAAGCCAACUGCAGCGGGAGUCAGGAGCUCCACGACAACAUGCCUUGGAUAUUGUCCGGGCCACGGAACACUCUGCUGCAUCGUCGCCGCUAGCAUCCUCGCCAAGUGGUGCACCUGGCUCUCGGCCCAUUUCGCCACCCAGUUCGGACACUGAGCGGAGAGCGUCAGGGGGUGGCAGGGAAAGUCCAGGGCAAAACAGCUCUUCGACGCCCACCGACGCGGAGAACCCAACGAUCAAGAAUCUAGCUGCCGGCGUACAGAGAAAGUCCAGCGCCAUGAGCCUGCUCAACCGCAAAGACUACUCCGCCAAAGCAUAUGCGGAGACGGGCACAAGUUCAGCGAAUGCGUUUGGCAAAGUUGACGUGCCAGCCCAAAGAGAAGCAUCGGAGCCACCCACCCCUUCUUCUGCUCAGCAUGACCGAAAAGCGCCCGGCAACCAACCUCAAAAAUACCAUGCGAACCAUUCCUACAACGGGGAUGAUCCUGCCAUUCUCAAGAUGCUGGAUUCGGUAUUCGCCGAGAACUAUCCUACGGACUUUUUUGAUCUCGGACCCUACGUGAAAGAACUCGACCCCCGGCGUCCGAUCAAGAAGAGCAAUAGCAACGAUCUCAACAAAGUGUGGAAGCCUACGGGAGGACUCGUCGCCAUUUUCGGGGAACACAGCGGCUCUGUGAACCGAGUGAUCGUCGCCCCAGAUCACGCAUUCUUCGUGACUGGCUCGGACGAUGGCACCGUAAAGAUCUGGGACACAACCCGUUUAGAGAAAAAUCUGACACCGAGGUCUCGGCAAACCUAUCGUCAUUCGGCCGAAGCCAAGGUCAAGACGCUGACAUUUGUGGAGAAUACACACACCUUUGUCAGUGGUGCGACGGAUGGAAGUAUCCAUGCCGUUAAAGUCGACUAUCACAAUGUGAAUGACACCGUUCGGUACGGGAAGCUGCAACUAGUGCGGGAGUAUCAGCUACCGGUCGCAGACGAUGGGACACCGGAGUAUGCCUUGUGGAUGGAGCAUUUCCGGGUUGAUGCCCAGUCAAUCCUCCUCAUCGCCACUAACACCUGCCGAAUUCUUGCGCUGGACAUGAAAACCAUGCUUCCUAUGUACUCACUUCAAAACCCCGUCCAUCACGGAACGCCGACCACGUUCUGUUGCGAUCGAAAGCACAACUGGCUACUCAUAGGCACCACUCAUGGGAUUCUGGAUCUCUGGGACCUUCGUUUUCGGGUACAAUUGAAGGCGUGGGGUCUUCCUGGAUCGACCAUCAUCCACCGGCUCCAGGUCCACCCGACUAAGGGACGCGGACGAUGGGUUUGCGUGUCGAGCAGUGGCAGCCAUGGCAACGAGAUCACGGUAUGGGAUAUUGAGAAGAUCCGCUGUCGCGAGAUAUACCGCGCGGAUUCACCCGGCGUAGGCGGUGUCAGUCCCACCGUGAACGGCGGUCAUCACAGCCCUCAUGGCGGCAACCCCCCGGCAAAACCCGAGCUAGGCUGGUUGACCCUCAAGGAAUACGACGCCUGGCAAGUCGAAGGCGACCGACCGGAAGGCAUGUUGAGUCGGUUUGCCAUCGACGGGCCCGGUUCAGCCGCCGUGGAGCAAGCGUCCAAGCCGUCCCCGCCCGGCACGCCAGCGGGUAUCUGCACCUUUGCCGUGGGAUUCGACUCUCCGGAUGACGGCAAGGACAAUAGUACGCGAUGCGGGUUCGUCAUAUCCGGAGGAAGUGAUCGGAAAAUUCGAUUCUGGGAUUUGGCGCGACCGGAACUCUCGUCGAUCGUCAGCGGGCUAGACGCCGUCACCGAUGGAGUGGCGACCGGCAAACCGCGUUACGACGUCGCGCAGCUCGGCCCAUCUCUGCUCAUGACCACCGAACAUCUCCCUAGCUCUGCCGCUGGGACCACCACGACCCCUACGACCACCGGCGCCGGCGGAAAGGGAGCCGCCAGUCGAAAGGCCGGCAGUGGGCGAUUACCACGCAGCACGGUGAUCAGCCUGCAGCAGCAGCAACUCUUGAAAAGCCACUUGGACUUUAUCCAGGAUGUUGCGGUGCUGCGGUCGCCGUAUGGGAUGGUCGUUAGUGUCGACCGUGCCGGGAUGGUUUAUGUUUUUCAAUGA